AUGAAGCGCUGUGCCGAGUACUUUAGAAAGGUCCUCAACUGCCCCUCCACAGUCUCCGACGCCGCCAUCGACCGGCUCCUCCUCGUGGUAAGCAACGUCGACCUGGAUCUCCCAUCCUCCCUUCCAGAAACCAUUUGCACCGUGCAACAACUAUCCAGUGGGAAAGCAUCAGGAUCCGGCGCAACCCCAGCUGAAAUCUACAAGCACGGUGGCCAUCGACACUAUCUCAGGAGACGAUAUACUGUGGAAAAAUUUCUCAGGACUUCAAGUACGCAACCAUUGUUCAUCUCAAAGCGCAAAAGCAACCGACAAGUGUGCGACAAUCACAGGGGCAUCUCAUCACUCAACAUCUCUGAGAAGAUCUGCGUCCGAAUCUGCCUCAAUCGCCUCAAUCGAAACCUCGAGCAAGGACUUCUGCCGGAAAGCCGAUAUAGUUUCCGACGACACCGUUCAUCACUGACGUAGUGCUCGCCGAUCGCCAACUGCAAGAGAAGUGCCUGGAGAUAUAACCCCUCCGCGCAUCACUUUCGUGGACUAGACAGAGGCUUUGAUACGGUGGAUCAGGAAGGAACAUGGAAAACUACGCAGAAAUUCGGCUGUCCUGAACGACUCACGUACGUAGUACGUCAGCUCUACGAUGGGAUGAUGGCGCCCGUCACGAACAACAGCGCAAUCUCCGAGGUAUUACUAGUGGUCAACGGAGUGGAACAGGUCUGCGUACCCUCUCCCACCCUCUUCAGUUUCAUGUCGUCUGACAUACUGUUGGAGGCCUAUCGUGCUGUGCUCUCCGGGAUGCGCAUCGCCUACAGAACUGACGGCAUCUUCUCAACAGCAGGCGAAUUCAGGCCCACGCACGGCUAUCUGCGACCGCGGUCCAUGACCUACUCUUAG